AUGUCCCAUGUCUUCCCUGUUUCCCUAGUGCCCUCUUGUCUUCCAGUCUUUGGAUCUCUUUCUUUCGUUGUGGGUUGUCUUUACGAUUACCACUGAUGAUCGGUGGUAGAUCAUCUGCCUUACAGACACGCGGUCCCGGGCUUGACCUUUUGCGCAGCAUCAAUUAGAGGGAUCGUAAGGGGUUCAUCGACGACCAUGGCACAAUACAAAGGAGCUGCCAGCGAAGCUGGCCGGGCCCUUCAGUUGAUGAAGAAGAGAGAGAGGCAACGUGAGCAUAUGGAACAAAUGAGGCAACGCAUUGCUGAGGAGAACAUCAUGAAGUCAAACAUUGAUAAGAAAUUCUCUGCCCAUUACGAUGCAGUAGAAGCCGAGCUGAAAUCUAGCACUGUUGGUUUGGUGACCCUCAAUGACAUGAAGGCUAAGCAAGAAGCUCUUGUAAAGGAACGGGAGAAGCAACUGGCAAAAAAGGAACAGUCCAAAGAAUUACAACUAAAGUUGGAGCGGAUGCGGGAGCGGGAACGCAAGCAGGAACAAAAACGUAAGAUCUCAAGCUUAUCCUUCACUCUGGAUGAGGAGGAGGAAGAUGAUGGAGCCGAGGAAGAAGAUGAGGAAGCAGAAUUGGAGCAAGAAGAGUUGCCUCCAAAAAAGAAGAAACUUGGGAAGAACCCAGAUGUGGACACUAGCUUCCUCCCUGACCGUGACCGUGAGGAAGAAGAAAACCGCUUGCGAGAAGAGCUUCGCCAAGAGUGGGAGGCCAAACAAGAAAAAAUCAAGAGUGAAGAAAUUGAAAUCACAUUCAGUUACUGGGAUGGCUCUGGGCACCGCCGAACAGUGAAGAUGAAAAAGGGCAACACCAUUCAGCAGUUCCUGCAAAAGGCUCUGGAGAUCUUGCGCAAGGACUUCAGUGAGCUUCGGUCAGCUGGUGUGGAGCAGCUUAUGUACAUCAAGGAGGAUCUCAUCAUCCCACACCAUCACAGCUUCUAUGAUUUCAUUGUCACCAAGGCCCGGGGGAAAAGCGGGCCGCUCUUCAAUUUCGACGUCCAUGAUGAUGUCCGGCUUUUGAGUGAUGCAACGGUGGAAAAAGAUGAGUCCCAUGCCGGUAAAGUUGUACUUCGCAGCUGGUAUGAGAAAAACAAACAUAUUUUCCCUGCGAGCCGAUGGGAGCCUUAUGAUCCAGAGAAGAAGUGGGACAAGUAUACGAUCCGCUGAGCCACUGAUGGAGCUCCUGAUGCUCUGUGUGGGGGUAUCUGGCUCUUGCCACCCCAGAUCUUCGGCAGUAUUUCUAGCCCUUUCACCUCUUCAGCUAAACCUUGUCCGUCGUCGUAUCAACCUUCCAUGAAAUAAACUUUGCUUUUCCCAAC